ACCGGAGCCCGUAGUCUCUUUGGAAACUUCUGCCGGGGAAAAGAGCUAGGAAAGGGGCAAAUCGGUGUGGGAUUUUUUUUCUCUUUUCUUGCUCCUUUUAAUUACCCCUCUUCCGUUUGCACCCUUCUUCGAGCUUCACGGAGAACCUGCAAAUUUCGAAGAGGUGGUGGCAGAGUGGGAGCAAAGAGGUGUUAGGCUUUGGGAUUUGGGCCUUUUUUUUUUUUUUUAAAUUUCUUGAUUUCGACAUUUUCCCCCACUCUCGCGGCCACCGCAGCCGCCUCUUACCUGUUCCCCGGCAGCCGCGCGCUGCAGGCAGCUGCAGGUUAGAAAGGAGCAGGGUGCAUUUUAGACUUUAAACAAAAUUUUUGCAGACAGCCCCAUUUUUCUCCCCCCCACCCCCUUCUCCACAGCCUCCGAGCUCAUUAUUCCGGUGGUUGCUUUGGGGUGAACAAUUUUUGGCUUUUUCCUCCCUGUAAUUCUGAGCGGGUCUGGCUGGGGGGGUUGUUUCUCCGGCUUUCACUCCCUCCGCGUGCACCUGGCGCGGCUCUUUUCCCCCCAACCUGUUGCAAGUCCUUUAAUCCUUGCAGUUGGGACUUGCCGGCAGGCACCUCAGUCCCCCAUCUCUCCCUACGUUUUGCAAUUGUCUGGGCGAGGGCACCUGCUCUACCUGCCAGAAAAAAAAUUUUUUUAAUUUCUCCGGGCGCCCUCUUGGCCCCUCUCUCCCUACUUGCUCGCUCUCGUGUCCCGCCCCAAGGUAAAGAGGAAGACUCGGAGAAGAUGGUGCUCACCGCGGUCCUCCUGCUGCUGGCCUCCUGUGCGGGGCCGGCCCAGGGCCUGGGCUCCUUCGUGCACUGCGAGCCCUGUGACGAGAAAGCCCUCUCCAUGUGCCCCCCCAGCCCCCUGGGCUGCGAGCUGGUCAAAGAGCCGGGCUGCGGUUGCUGCAUGACUUGCGCCCUGGCGGAGGGGCAGUCGUGCGGCGUCUACACUGAGCGCUGCGCCCAGGGGCUGCGCUGCCUCCCCCGGCAGGACGAGGAGAAGCCGCUGCACGCCCUGCUGCACGGCCGUGGGGUUUGCCUCAACGAAAAGAGCUACCGCGAGCAAGCCAAGAUCGAGAGAGACUCCCGUGAGCACGAGGAACCGACCACCUCCGAGAUGGCAGAGGAGACCUACUCGCCCAAGAUCUUCCGGCCCAAGCAUACCCGCAUCUCCGAGCUGAAGGCUGAGGCCGUGAAGAAGGACCGCAGAAAGAAGCUGACCCAGUCCAAGUUUGUGGGGGGCGCUGAGAACACUGCGCAUCCCCGGGUCAUCUCUGCCCCUGAGAUGAGACAAGAAUCUGAGCAGGGCCCCUGCCGUAGACACAUGGAAGCUUCCCUGCAGGAGCUCAAAGCCAGCCCCCGCAUGGUGCCUCGCGCUGUGUACCUGCCCAACUGUGACCGCAAAGGAUUCUACAAGAGAAAGCAGUGCAAGCCUUCCCGUGGCCGCAAACGUGGCAUCUGCUGGUGCGUGGACAAGUACGGAAUGAAGCUGCCAGGCAUGGAGUAUGUCGAUGGGGACUUUCAGUGCCACACCUUCGACAGCAGCAACGUUGAGUGACGCGUCCCCUCCCUGUCCUUCCCUCACCCCUCCCACCCCCAGCCCCGACUCCAGCCAGCAGCUCCCUCCACCCCAGGACGCCACUCAUUUCAUCUCAUUUAAGGGGAAAAGAAAAAAAAAUACAUAUAUCUAUCUAUUUGAGGAAACUGAGGACCUCGGAAUCUCUAGCAAGGUCUCAACUUUCAAACCGGCAACAGCGGAGAAGCAAACAGCUAAGGAGACCCACCCCCGCCCCGCCCCCCCCCAAAAUAGUUUUCUUUUUGAGGCAAGUUGAAUGGACAGGGAGGGGAGGGGAGGAGGAACACGAGAGAGAGAAGGGAAGAAAGUGGACGUGUAGAGGAGAGGGGGGGACAAACUGAGUUCCGAAGAAGGAAAGAAGAAUGUGGAGAGGAAGGAAAGAUCCCCGGGACCAGGGCUGGACCCACCUGUUGUGUCCAGCCCUGGCCUGAGCUGGGACACGUAUGGGCACUGGAAGGUACGGCCCCAGGUGUGGCACUCAAUGGCACCCUUGGGCGUUUUCCCGUCUGGAUUAGUCACAGGGGAGAAAGGAAACCACCUGUCUCCACCUCCAGCCAGCAGGUUGCAUGGCUUGACCCUGCCCCCGCUCCCCUGUCCCCCAGCAGAGGGUUCUCCCUCCCCCAAACUUGUGAAAACUAAAAUGCAUUCCAUUCCUCUCAAAACAAAGCAAAUGACUAACCGAGUGCUGUUAGAUAGAUAGGUGUUCCGGAACAGAAUCACAAAGUCUGUGUGCGUACUCCAGUCCCGGUGCGGACUUUGGGAAAGCAGUACGCGCCCCGAAUGGAGAGACUGCUCUUCCAAGGGGACUAGACCAUGCCGACACGGGUGCUUUCAGCCCCUCGUGGCACUCCAUUCACUACCAGCAUGGCCUCUCUGGGGGAGGAUAGGCUGAAAUCAAGGCGGCCUCGUACAGACUUCUCUACGAGGCUCCAUAUAGUCAUAUGUAAGGUAUAUACGUCUAUGUUCUUUCUUUUUUGCUUUCUUCUUUCCUUUCCUUGAAAGGUUUGCAUUAACUCUUCAAAGUAGUUCCUCGGGGGACUCUGAGGAGCUUCCUCAUUCUGGGAAAACCAAGAAAACCCCUAUUCUUCUAACACACCCCGUAACUGCUGUUUUUGCCAGCCUCCCAGCAGCGGCAGACGCAAGCCCUCGGCGGGCCACGGUGUUGGACGCCUUCACGAUCUCCCGGGUGCAGGUGCGUCCAUGGGAGGCACCCAGCCAGGUAGAUGAGGGCUGUCCGUGGGGCGCCCCUGCAGCCCCAGCCCCUCUCGAGUUAGCCUUUAGACCCUCCGGAAGUCGCUGGCUCUGGGCCCUGCACCAAAGGAACACAUCAGGUCCAAGUUUGACCCACGGGUCCUGCCCAGCCUUUUCCUUUCAAAGGGGCAGAACCUGCAUUUUGAAGCCAGCAGAGCAGGAGAGAGACUGAAAUGAGAAAUGGCAGCAGGCGGGUUGGAAGUGAACGGAUUUAAAUACAGGGAAAUGGAAAAGCGAUUGUGCCGGCCAGAGAAGAAGGAGCGGAGGGGCGAAGAGGGGAGAACUGCCCCCUUCCAGCUUUCGAGCCAAGCAGCAGAAGGGGGGACAAAGCCAAGAGCACCUUCCCGGGUCCCCGCCCUCUAAGCUCUUUGGGAUUCCAGAGGACAGAAAGAGGAGAAUAGGGGUGCAGUUCCUCAGAGAGAAAUGAGGUAGGUUCUAGAACCUAGCCGCUGGCCAGGAGCAAGGAUCAGCAAAGGCCAGCUGUGCCUUUGAAGGGACAAGACCGUGCCCUCGGACGGCCACCUUCUCCCUCUAAGGAAGGACUGGGGCCAGAGCCUUUCAAGCUCCUCAUCCCCCCCAGGCCAGUGCAGGCUUUCUCCCUGGAGUGGAGGAUGGAAGAAAGGCCCAGGACGAAGGGAGGCCUCAAGGGUGCUGGCAUGUGGCCGCCAGAUUCUGAACCAGGAGAAUUCCCGUUCCUGCUGACUUCCUCAACAAAUCAGCAACCUCAGGGCUGUCCUCAGAGGCUGGAGCUAGCCCACCAGGGAAGGGGGCUUGGACUCUGGCAAAGGAGACUCCUCCUCGCUGUGAACACGGCUCUCUCUGCUCUAUGCUGAUGGUGUGACGCCGUGGAGACCACUUCAACACCGAACUCGGGGCCAUGAGGAGGGACAGCAGACAAGCAAAUAGAUUUCAGCUGGUGGGAAGCUUGCAGCUACGGAACUUGUAUGGGGGGGUCUCCUGCCGCUGCCACCACCACCCCCCACCCCCCGGACAGGACAGUUGGCUGGGACAAGAGAGAUGGUCGCUUGUCAUAGGACAAAGGGCCCGAUGGGGCUGGCAGCCGCCAGGACUUACUUGACCUGCUGCGUCCAUGUGCCCCAUCUCUCUGCACAACUCUCCCCAAACCCCUGACUCACAUUUCUGUGUCUUAGGCCAGUAUUGUAAACCUUUCCCACUUCACUCUUCUGUUUGCCCAUUCUUUCUGUGGAUCUCGAACAGUCCUCUAACUGGGAUCUGCCAAGUGGAUACUGGGGUGCCAUUCCCCCUAAGAAAAGACUGAGCCAGGAAUUGCAUACCCUACCCCACACCCCUCCCAAGACCCGGACCUGUUCCUGAGAGGGGCUCUCUCCUUCCCCCCCUGCUAUUUACUGGACUCCGAAUGGGUGUCUGCCCCUUCCUUCGGCUCCUUGCCAGCAGCCACAAGGCGGGGAAGAGUAUGGCCUGGUUUAAGUCCACCAGUGUCUUCGGGUGUCCAGAGUUCAUGCUGACUCCCCCAAACCUGUGAGUUCAGCGCUUGCAAUGACUCUGCUCAGCUAGCCAUGCCCUAGAGGAUGCUGGACCUUCAUGACAGACGAGACUAACCUCCCAAGAGGGAGGCCUGGCUUCGGAGGGAGUCACGGAGGAACAUGGAGCAUCCCCGGGGCAGGGCGGGUGGGGAGGCUGGUGGGAAACGCUGAGAGCUGGGAUCCCAAGCAAGGGUCUUCUUGACUCCAGGCCUUAGGCUCUGGAGUUUUCUGUGGCCUCAAGACUAAAUGUUGCCCCACCCACCCAGCAGUAGGCCUCUUCCCAUCGCCCUUUGACUCAGGCCUCACUCCAGGAGGAGAUGAUUACCUGUCAUUCCUACUGCUGCCAGAUGAUGGAGGAGGGCCUCGUCAGGACUGACCCUCCUUCUCCCACAGCUUCCCUACCCGCCUGGGCAGAGGAGGGCAUGCAGGAUGGAAGAGACUGUAAGGUUUCUCAGACAGCCAGGCCUGGACAGACAGGCCUGGAGACAUUCAAACCCCCUCAGCCCAACAGGGGAGGGCAGGAGGCCCGGGAGGCCCCAUGUGGUCUACCUCCUGUCUCCUCACCCAUUUUCCCAUCACCGUCUCAGUGGUCUCCACGGUAAUCCUGCAGGGUCAGCCUCCCCUGGGGAGGUGGGCCCCACCUCAGCUCGCGGGCUACCUAGCUUGUGGGCGGCCACAUGCCUACCGCACCCCUCUCCAGGGGGCCCAGGGCUGCCCCCCUCCACCUGUUCAGCUCCCACUGCCCCCCCCCCCAGAGGGCUGCGCUGCAGGUUGGAACUUUAGAGGGACGUGGGCCAAGGAGAAGCAUGCCUUGGGCUCGAAGAGGACAUUUUUAGAGAAAGGAGGCUAAGUUUUGAGAAGUGGUGGCAAAGGGGUUGGGGACUUGCCAGCCAGCCCCCUGGGCAUUGUACUGUCUUUAUUUUUAAAACCACUAAAGUGCAAGACGUAUGCACUUUUCUCCACUUUUUUUUUUUUCUCCUAGGUUUUUGAUUCUUUUUAUAAACAUACUUUCUUGGUUUUCUAAUGGAGUUACCGUUUAGCCAUUGUCACUCUUCUUCUCUAACUCCUCUCUCUGGACAGGGAAAGGGAAGGUGAGGAGAGUCGGCCUCCUGCGCGCCCCUCCUCCCCAGCUUCUCUGGUCCCCCACCACCACCCUGAGUCUCAAAUCUCCCACCGCCGCCGCCCGCCCGCCGUCACCACCACACAGUAGCCCACACGGAUAGACAGUUGUCAGACAAGAUUCCUUCAGAUUCCGAGUUGCCUACCGGUUUUUUUUAUUUCUUUUUUGAAGACAGCAAUAACCACCACACAUAUUACUGUAGCUCUCUAGUCUUACGUACGUACAUAUCAUAGCUCUAUUCUAUCUCCCUUUGUUUUGUUUUAAACUUUUUUUUUUUAAAUAAAUGCUCAUAAUCUUUACUGGUGAAAAAGGAUGAAAAAAUAAAUUGACAAAUAAAACCAGUUUGUGGGGAAAAAAAAAAAAGCAGAAAAAAAAAAAAAAAUCACCUGAAUGCAGAGGGGCCCGCCUCCUGUCUAGCAUUUUGUACCUGAGGAAAUAAAAAAAAAAAAAAAGC